GCCGAAAACCAACUCUCUUCCGUCUUUGUUCCCACGAUCCCUGCCUCUGAUCUUCACCUCCAUUGGAGCUCCUCGUAAAUUUCAUGAAAUUCCCAUGAAAGAACUCUCUUUUGUUAUGCCUUACGCUGAGGGGAAUUGAAGGGGGAAACCUUCAGCUAUCACUGCUCUUGUUUUCAGUGCUGUGCUUGUAUUUCGCAUCACUGCCCGGGGUUUUCGCUCCCGAUGGAUCGAAUUCCCUCUUUGCAUAACGUCUCAGACGAGGACUAGCCGUCGAUUUGAUCCGUUCUGAUUCGGUAAUGGAAAACCCUAUUGCUGGCGCGGGUGAUUCAAUAAUCCCUGAAGACUACAAGCUAUGCGGGUUCGUGCGCGCAGUUCUUAGGAUUGAAAUUAACCCUAAUGCGGACAUCGCGGAUGUCCUCCCUCUCGGCUCGCGUUGCCGCAUUGCAGGCGAUAGUCCCUAUGACGCGCAUUUUGUUGCAGAAAACGGCGUUCUUUUGUACCCUAUCAGUAAUUCGAACAGGGGUUGUGGUGGAGACGAUGAUCCCAUGCACAUUGGGUCUGGUGCGCCCUCGGCCUCCAAGAAAAAGUGUGGGAAGACUAAGAAGAUUCCGAAGAAGAAGAAGAGGAAGAACAGUGUGUGGGUUUCUGUAUACGAGUCAUCCACUUCAAAGAAGAUUAACAAGUGGAGCAGAAUUGGGAUGAUUCACGGGAGCUUGAGCGUCGUCCAUCAGCUCCAUGCACUUGUAGCCAGCAAGUGUUUGAGGAUUAUUGCCACGGUGGUCCGGGUUGUGGCUCAGAAUGGGGAGGUUAGGGCUGUUCUGCUUGUUGAUGUCUACUUGCCUGUAGCCUUAUGGUCAGGUUGGCGAUUCCCUAAGUCCGCCUCUGCUGCUGCUGCCCUAUUCCGCCAUGCCAGCUGUGAUUGGAAAGCUAGAAGUUUGAUACUCAAGUUUAUCAAUUGUGAAGAAGAUAAUAGCAUUUGGAAUCUUUUUGACUGUGAUGCUCUUGGAUGCAAACACCACUGCAGUGCUCCUGACCCAUCCAAGAAAAAGCUGUUUGAGCUGCAUGAAAUUUUUAAGAGCUUGCCUAGCAUAGUAAAAAAGGGGGAUUCUGCUUACUCGAGAAUAAAUGCUUCCAAUCCAAGCAGAACUGGUAUUUGGCUGGUAUCUGAUGAUAUAUUGCUCAUUAUUCUUUCUUUUCUCAACCCCAUUGACCUUGUUCGGGUAUCUGCGACAUGUCACCAUAUAAGAUCUUUGGCAAAAGGGAUCAUGCCUUGCAUGAAACUUAAGCUGUUUCCUCACCAACAUGCUGCAGUUGAGUGGAUGUUACGGCGUGAAAGGGAUGCUGGGCCCUUGCAGCACCCACUGUAUAUGGAUUUUGUUACUGAAGACGGAUUUGUGUUCUAUCUAAAUGCCAUAUCUGGUGAAGUUGUAACUGAAGCUGCUCCUAUAGUAAAUGAUUUUCAGGGAGGAAUGUUUUGUGAUGAGCCUGGACUUGGUAAAACUAUUACUAUUCUUUCUCUCAUUCUAAAGACACAAGGAACACUGGCUGAGCCACCUGAUGGCGCACAAGUGAUCUGGUGCACACAUAAUGCAAAUCAAAGGUGUGGUUAUUAUGAGUUGAAGAGCGAAAGUGACACGGGACUGGUGCCAGCUAACAGGUGUAUGGGGCAGAAAGCCAAGAGAGGAUUAUUCUCUCCAGAUAAAGUAAUGCCAAAAGGAAGCCUGCAAAGCACCCUACUUUUAAGAUCUACAUCUCCCGAUUCAGCUAAGUGUGUAAUAGGAUCAGAAAUCAACUCCCCUGCAGAUACAGUUUCCACACCGUCAACAUGUGCUACUAGAUGUACCAGGAGCUGGAGCCAAGUGAACAGAAAUCUUUUGAAAGCUUAUCCAAAAUUAUCUGAUUACCAGGAAGAGGAAAACCCCAGUAAGCACAAUAGAAAGAGAAAGCUUGGUGCGAAUGGUCGCAAAAAGCAUGGUCAAUCACAUGACUUUUUCUCCAGUGGCAAGAAGCUUAAGAAGUUCAAUGCAAAUAAUCUUGAACACGAUGAAACUUGGGUUCAAUGCGACGCUUGUCGCAGGUGGCGAAGGCUCGAUGAUGCGAGUGCAAUUGAUACAAGUAGAGCAUGGUUUUGCAGUAUGAAUGCAGACCCUUUAUUCCAAAGUUGUAGUGCUCCUGAAGAAUCUUGGGAUUCUAAGAAGCCUGUAACAUACCUUCCGGGAUUCUAUACGAAGGGAACUCCUGGAUGUACGGAUGAAAAUAUAUCCUUUUUCAUCAAUGUUCUAAAAGAUAAUUAUACAAUUAUCGAUUUAGAAACUAAGAAGCAACUUACUUGGCUGGCUAAACUGUCAGCUGAGAAGCUUUCAGAAAUGGAAACAACUGGUUUGGUUCAUUCUGUCAUAGAUACUGGAGUUCCUCAUCCAUUUACCAGAAUAUUUCGUGCCUUUGGCCUCAUCAAGAGAGUAGAAAAGGGAAAAACUAGGUGGUUUUACCCAAGAGCUCUUGUCAACUUGGUAUUUGAUUUAGAGGCACUCAGAAUUGCCCUGUGUAGGCCUUUAAAUUCAUUUAGACUAUAUCUAUCACGAGCAACUUUGGUUGUCGUUCCUUCAAAUCUAGUUGACCAUUGGAGAACUCAGAUUGAAAAGCAUGUUAGACCUGGUCAGUUGAGUGUUUUUGCAUGGACUGAUCACAAAAGACCUUCUGUACACAAUCUUGCUUGGGAUUAUGAUGUUGUUAUAACUACCUUCAAUCGUCUAAGUGCGGAAUGGAGUCCCCAAAAGAAAAGUGCUUUGAUGCAAGUUCAUUGGCUACGGAUAGUUUUAGACGAAGGUCAUACACUUGGGUCAAGUUUGAGUUUGACAAAUAAACUGCAAAUGGCAGUUUCUCUGAGGGCUACAAAUCGUUGGAUAUUAACAGGUACACCCACUCCUAACACUCCUAACAGCCAGCUUUCUCAUCUGCAGCCAAUGCUUAAGUUUCUUCAAGAUGAAGCUUAUGGACAGAAUCAGAAAUCAUGGGAAACUGGCAUUCUUAUGCCAUUUGAGGCAGAGAUGGAGGAGGGCCGAACACGCUUGUUGCAAUUACUGCACAGAUGUAUGAUUAGUGCGAGAAAGAAAGACUUGGUAGAUAUUCCGCCUUGUAUAAAGAAAGUGACGUUUCUGGAUUUCAGUAAAGGUCAUGCAAAAAGUUAUAAUGAGCUGGUAGAGACAGUACGGCGUAAUAUAUUAAUGGCAGACUGGAAUGAUCCAUCUCAUGUUGAGAGUUUACUGAAUCCAAAGCAAUGGAAAUUCUGCAGUGCUACCAUCAGAAAUGUAAGACUUUCUUGUUGUGUUGCGGGACAUAUUAGAGUAACAGAUGCCAGUCAAGAUAUUCAGGAAACUAUGGAUAUUUUAGUCAAGAAUGGUCUGGACCCUGUUUCACAGGAAUACACUUUAAUAAGAUCUAACCUUCAAUUUGGUGGUAACUGUAUGAGGUGCGACGUAUGGUGCCGUUUACCUAUCAUUACACCUUGCAGACACCUUUUAUGCUUGGACUGUGUAUCUCUGGAUAGUGAAAAAUGCGCAUUUCCAGGAUGUGGUAAUCUAUACGAGAUGCAGAGUCCUGAAAUACUAACCCGUCUAGAAAAUCCUAAUCCGAAGUGGCCUGUCCCAAAGGACCUUAUUGAGCUACAGCCUUCUUAUAAGCAGGAUAACUGGAAUCCGGAUUGGCAGUCUACCUCUAGUACCAAAGUAACUUAUCUUGUACAUAAAUUAAAGGAAAUUCAAGAAGCUAACAGGCUGCUUAAGCAAACUAUUGACGUUGAAGGUGUCAAUAGUGUUAAUGUACUUCAUCCCCCAUUUUUGCAAAACGAGACAGGAAUAACUUUACAUGGGGCACGUAGUGAUUCCAUAAAGUUUCUUCCAGAGAAAGCCAUUAUAUUUUCUCAGUUUCUUGAGCAUAUACAUGUGAUUGAACAACAGUUGACUAUUGCUGAAAUUCAGUUUGCAAGAAUGUAUAGUCCAAUGCAUUCUGCCAACAAGAUUAAGUCAUUAGCUACAUUUCAGCAUGAUCCAAAUUGUUCGGCUCUUUUGAUGGACGGAAGUGCAGCUUUAGGCCUUGAUUUAAGCUUUGUGUCACAUGUUUACGUGAUGGAACCAAUAUGGGACAAGAGUAUGGAAGAACAAGUGAUUAGUCGUGCUCACAGGAUGGGUGCAACACGCCCUAUUUAUGUGGAGACUUUGGCAAUGAGUGGUACGAUUGAAGAGCAAAUGCUCAAAUUCUUAGAGGAUCCUGAUGCAUGUAGAAGCCUGCUGAAGGAAGUGCAUGAUAAACAAGGACGGGAUGGAUCAAGGCUUCGUCGCUCAGUACAUGACUUUGCAGAAAACAACUAUCUGGCUCGCCUGAGCUUCGUUCGGACAACUUCUGAAUCCAGCACAUAACUGUAUCUAAUACUUUAUUUUGCCGUAGAUUACGUGAAGGAGUACAUGGUUCAAUUUUGGAACACAUUUUUGUUCUUCCUUUUGUCAUUGGAAGAACAUUUGUGGGGUAGUUAAAUUGUACUAACCUUUUUUGUAUGAAUUGAUAAUUAGUAAGUUUCCUUUUAAGUUUCAUUCAAUCAAUGCUCUCUUGAUGA